GGAAUGAAGGAGCAGAAAACGAGCAUCCUCAAACAACAUCGCUUGAAAACUAGACCCUGGAUCGUAAUUAAAGAUUAUUCGCGUGUGAGGAAGUGAAUGAGAUUGGCACAUCAGAUAUGUACUCCGAGGAGUGGAGCAGGAAUCGGCAGGGUAGAGAGAAGUCUGUGAUCACGAAUUUCAGCUUUAGUCAGCUGCCAGACGAGGAGAAGACGGGUAGGAUAAAACCUCACAGUGCUCAGGACUCAGAGGAAUCCAUUCCUGAUGAUCGCUACCAUGGCAUCUACUUUGCCAUGCUGUUGGCUGGUGUCGGCUUUCUGCUGCCAUACAAUAGUUUCAUCACCGAUGUGGACUACCUCCACCGCAAAUUCACAGGCACCUCUAUUGUGUUCGACAUGAGUUUGACGUAUAUUCUGGUGGCUCUCAGUGCUGUCAUUGUGAACAACGCACUCGUGGAGAGACUGAGCUUAAACACUCGCAUCUGUGUGGGAUAUCUAUUUGCAUUGGGACCUUUGGUGUUUGUGAGUGUAUUUGACGUCUGGUUAGAGCUGUUUGACACUCAGCAGUCCUAUGCUCUUACUCUGGCUGCAAUUGCCAUUGUUGCAUUUGGAUGCACAGUGCAGCAGUCCAGUUUCUAUGGUUACACUGGGAUGCUGCCCAAGAGGUACACACAGGGCGUGAUGACUGGAGAGAAGCUGCUGGGUCAGAGGUGUGCUGUUGCCCGAGUGAUCUGGACCUAUAUGCUCUCAAUUUUGGUGACAUAUUUCAUCACUCUGUGUCUGUUCCCUGGUUUGGAGUCAGAGUUACGCAACGAUACACUGGGAGAAUGGCUGCCUAUUCUCACCAUGGCUCUGUUCAACAUGGCAGACUUUGUGGGCAAGAUAUUGGCAGUGUGUCCAUAUGAGUGGGGUGGUGUGCAGCUGCUGGUGUGUUCGUGUUUGCGCAUUGUCUUCCUGCCCCUGUUUGUGAUGUGCGUGUCGCCCGUGCAGCGUCCCCUGCUGGCGCACCCAGCCUGGCCCUGCAGCCUGUCCUUGAUGCUGGGAAUCAGUAACGGUUACCUUGGCUCUGUACCAAUGAUACAGGCGGCCGGCAAGGUGCCACUUCAGCAGCGAGAAGUAGCAGCGUCCCCUGCUGGCGCACCCAGCCUGGCCCUGCGGCCUGUCCUUGAUGCUGGGAAUCAGUAA